UUAGGCAACACACAGUUGUGAGAACCUUUCUGGCAGGGUAAACUUGCUGCUUAGAACCUCUGCAUCACUUGAUAAGAUGUCAGCAGAUAACAGUACAGUGACCUUAACACAAGGUACUAAAAUUGCUUUGACAUUUUUAAUGUCCUUACUAGCUAUUGCUAUAAUGUUAGGAAAUGCCAUGGUCAUUUUAGCUUUUAUUGUGGACAGAAAUCUUAGACAUCGAAGUAAUUAUUUUUUUCUUAACUUGGCCAUUGCGGACUUCUUCGUGGGUGCAAUCUCAAUUCCUCUCUACAUUCCUUCCUCACUGACUGAUUGGACUCUUGGAAAGAAAACUUGUAUAUUUUGGCUCCUUACUGACUAUCUUUUAUGUACAGCAUCUGUGUAUAACAUUGUCCUCAUCAGCUAUGAUCGAUACCAGUCAGUCUCAGAUGCUGUGUCAUAUAGAGUACAGCACACUGGCACCUGGAAGACUGUCACUCAGAUGGUGGCUGUUUGGGUAUUUUCCUUCUUGACGAAUGGGCCAAUGAUUCUGAUUUCAGAGUCUUGGAAAAAGAAUGACACUAACGAGUGUGAGCCUGGAUUUUUAAACACUUGGUACAUCGCUGUCUUCACAUCCUUGCUGGAGUUCCUGAUCCCCAUCUUCUUAGUUGCUUAUUUCAAUGCAUGUAUUUACCGGAGCCUGUGGAAGCGAGGGAACUUCAGCAGGUGCCUCAGCCACCCUGGACCCCCCUCUGCCUCUUUCAGCAAUGACCAUGGAUACCCCUGCAGACAGGACCCAGGUUUAAGGGUGACUCUUCCGGCAUGGAAAGAAGCAGCUGCCUCCCUGGGUUCAGACAAACCACGAAGAAAGAGCAGUCUCUUGUUUUCCAUAAGAUCCCACAAGAACAGCAGUGUGAUUGCUUCCAAAAUGAGCUCCCUCUCGCAGUCAGAUUCCCUGAGUCUUCAGCAAAGGGAACGUCUCGAACUUUUCAGAGCCAGGAAAUUAGCCAAGUCACUGGCCAUUCUUUUAGGAGCUUUUAUCAUUUGCUGGGCUCCGUAUUCACUGACUACAAUUAUUAAUUCAAUUCUUCAGGAGCAGAGCUUUACUAAAUCAAACUGGUACAAAUUUGCCUUUUGGCUCCAGUGGUUCAAUUCCUUCGUUAACCCCAUUUUGUAUCCAUUGUGUCACAAACGUUUUCAGAAAGCUUUUCUGAAAGUAUUUCCCAUGAGAAGGCCAUCCGUGCCAUCACACAAUCGCUCAGUGUCCACUUGAAGAUAAUGUUCUCACUUCUGUAAAUGUUAGUCAUAAUCUCUCCCAAAAGAGUUGAUCUGUUUUGCCUUUUGCCCUUUCCACUUCACCAAAAAGUUCAUAAAGCUGUAAUUCUUGAUAAUUUUAAAAAAAAUCUAAACCUGCAAGUCAGUGGAAAAUGAAUAAAGUCUAAGGAUAGUAUUUUUGUAAAUAGCCACAAAGCAACUAGUAUUUUCUUAGUCAUCUCUUAGUCACCUUCCUGGUUUUGUAGAUCUUGAUGUAACAUUGAUUGUGAAAUUUGAGUUUCUGUUUUCUAUGUUCAGUGUUUG